AUGACGUCUGCGGAGGCACCGGCGCAUACCCAGGAAGAUCAAGAGGGGAAAAUCCGAGAGGAAUCCCGGGCGGAAACCCAGGGGGAGAGACAGGACGAUGCUUCCAAGACUCUCAAGUACCACCUGCUUGGGCCUUCGCUGACCAAGGCUGGCCAAGACAAGGUCGACCAAAGCAAGGUUUCGGAAAUCAUCUACAAUGCGUCCAAGGGAUCCAAGUUCUUCACCCGCGAAGAAGAACGAGACAAGGUCCUCACGCAAAAGAUCGAACAGAUCCUGUCGCGCAAGAAGAAGCUAGAACAGCAAGAUCUUACACGGGACCUCCGAAACGCCGAUCGUCUUCUCGCAGAGCUCGAGCUUUCGAGAGACCUCACCCAACACAUAGUACACCUCGACUGCGAUGCCUUCUUCGCGGCGGUGGAGCAACUGGACCGACCUGAUCUCAAAGAUGUCCCCUUUGCGGUUGGUGGCGGCGUUCUCACCACGUGCAACUACGCUGCGCGCCAAUUUGGCUGUCGGUCGGGCAUGGCUGGUUUCGUGGCCAAGAAGCUCUGCCCACAGCUGGUCAUGAUCAAGCCUAACUUUCAAAAAUAUGGCGCAAAGGCCGAAGAAGUGAGGGCGGUGCUCGCAAACUACGAUCCGCGAUUCGAAAGCGCUAGCAUUGACGAGGCAUAUCUCAACAUUACGGAAUACUGCGACCAGCAUGACAUGGACCCGGCGGCAGUGGUGGAGCAAAUGAGAAAGGAGGUCCAUGAAAAGACGAACAUUACGGUCUCGGCGGGCAUCGCUGCCAACGCCAGGCUGGCCAAGAUUUGUUCAAACAUCAACAAGCCGAACGGACAGUACGUCCUUCCCAAAGAGAGAAGUGCCAUUAUGGCGUUUAUGCGGGGCCUGCCAACAAGGAAAGUCAACGGAAUCGGCCGAGUGCUCGAGCGCGAGCUCUUGGAGAUUGGAGUCAAGACGUGUGGGGACAUUUACGACCAGCGGCAGUAUUUGAACCGCCUCUUUGGGGACAAGACAUCCUAUUUUCUCUUCCGCGUCUAUCUCGGGCUUGGCCGCACAUCAAUACAGCCCGCAGAAGAAUACGAGCGCAAGAGUGUCGGAACGGAAAGUACAUUUCGUGACAUGUCAGACCCUGUGCAGCUCCGGGACAAACUUCGAUCGACGGCUGAGGCCCUGGAAAAGGACAUGAGGAGAAACGAGUGCAAGGGCCGGACACUCUGCAUCAAGAUCAAGCUCCAUACCUUUGAAGUUCUCACUCGGCAAGUCAUCCUGCCAAAGGCCAUCUAUCUCGCCGACGACCUGUACAACUAUUCGUUGCCGAUGCUUGCCAAGUUGGAGCAUGAGAUUCCAGGCAUGAAGCUGCGGCUCAUGGGGCUGCGGUGCACAAACCUAGUCAGCACCAAGAAGCCCGACACCAUGGCAUUCUUUGGCUUCAGACCUCGCCGCCAGGACUCGGGAGAAUCGAGUGAAAGCGGGACUGUCAAGAGGAAAGCCAGUGCGUCGGUGGAGAGAGAAGAGGAGUGGGAGAUGUUGGGCGGAGACGAAGAGGACUUGACGGGCGAAAUGGACGACAACCUGGGCGACAUAACGCACGAACACGAAGAGGAGGACGGUGGCACGCCAAAUCAUAGAAGACAUGGGAAGGAGAUUGUGCCCAAUCCACGUCCCGAAAGUGAGGUUCCGCCACAGGAGGACUGGUGGGAUUGCCCGAUAUGCCUCCGCCCCCAGGCAGCCAACGAGCGGCAAUUUAAUGAGCACAUUGACCUGUGUCUGUCACGACAGACCAUUCGAGAUGCGGUCCAGGCUGACGACCCGAAAGACACGAGGCCUGCCAUCCCGCCAGAGGUGAACAAGCGUCCCAAGCUGUCGACGGAAAAGAAGCGGGGCCGCCCGCCCUCUACGGACCCAAAGCAGAAGAAGCUUUCGUUUUGGUAG